AUGGGACGAGAGAACAUUGGAGUCGCGGUCCCAGAAGGCACAGGCUACCUGGACACACUGAACGUGUACCACGAGCUCCACUGCCUGAAGAGAAUCUAUCGGUUCAUGUACCCCGAUUACUAUUUCCCAGGGUUUACGGAGGAAGAGCAUGAGAUGAACUGGAUGCAUAAUGAACAUUGCAUUGACUUUCUUCGUCAAUCGGCCAUGUGCCACGGUGAUACCGGCCUUAUUACCUUUGAAUGGAGAGAGGAAUCUCGUCUUCCCGUUGCCAAUGCAACCUCUCAUCAAUGCGUGAGUUGGAACAAGCUGGAUCGAUGGACCAAAGCGAGGACGGAGGAUAUAAUGAAGCCUGGUUGGCUUGUUCAACUUAUUUUGGGUACAUAA